AUUCCUGCGCAGGUGCACUGCGACAACGCCCAGCUGGGCCGGCGUCCUAGAAGUUGGACGGGUCCCGGCCUGGGUCGGACGGCGGAGGUGACAGAUCUCUGCUCGCCCCAGUAACAAUGGCGGUGUUUCACGACGAGGUGGAGAUUGAGGACUUCCAAUAUGACGAGGACUUGGAGACGUACUUCUACCCUUGUCCGUGUGGAGAUAACUUCUGCAUCACCAAGGAAGAUUUGGAGAAUGGGGAAGACGUGGCAACGUGCCCUAGCUGCUCUCUCAUUAUAAAAGUGAUUUAUGACAAAGAUCAGUUUAUGUGUGGAGAGACAGUCCUGACCCCUUCCACCAACAAAGAGCUAGUUAAGUGCUGAAGCAGACUUUAGGAUUCCAAAGCCUGAAUUUUGGGGAAUGAGCCAAAUUGGAAAAAUCAAAUGCAAAGUCACUGGCUUCUUCAUGGGGACAGUCAUUUUGUAGUUUGGUGUUCCAUAGAGCGUGGAUUCUUUCCAUCGGCUGCCAAGUUCAUCUCCAGUUGAAGAAGCAAGUCCACCACAUGACAUACCCGGAUUUUGUGCCAAAACUUUGAAUUGGAUGGGCUCUUAAUUUUCCAUCUGAACUUAAAAGAAGAUAAUUUCAAAUCA